AGUAUAUAUACCAUUAGAGUUCUAUCAGAGAGGAUAGAACUAAUAAAUAGAACAUAUUAAUUGCCGCGUGAAAUAAAUAAUUUGUAAAUAGAUUUGUAAUUAAAAUAUGAAAAUUUUUGAAAUACAAUCAGCUUCUUACGUACUGCAUUUUGUUUGUACACAAAAAAUAUACACACAUUUAUUGAUAUAAAUAAGAAUUGGUGCAACAAGACGAAAAAUGGCAUUAAUUAGAAGAGCAACUCAUGCUGGUAGUUGGUACGCAGGCUCUGGUACAGAAUUGAAUAAGCAAUUAGAAGGUUGGUUGGGGGCAGCAGACUUGUCACAUGGACCUGCUAGGGCAAUUAUUGCCCCACACGCAGGGUACAGCUAUUGUGGAGCAUGUGCUGGUUUUGCAUAUCGCCAGAUUAGUCCUGUUGUUGUUCGUAGGAUAUUUAUUCUGGGCCCAUCACAUCAUGUGAGAUUAGCUGGUUGUGCUCUUUCUUCUGCUUCAAUUUAUCAAACACCACUGUAUGAUCUGCAUAUUGAUCAACAAGUAUGCAGAGAACUUGAAGAAACUAGACAUUUUGAAUGGAUGGAUUUAAAUACAGAUGAAGAAGAACACAGUAUUGAAAUGCAAUUACCAUUCAUAUCAAAAGUUAUGGAAGGGUUCAAAGAUUCUUUUACUAUUAUUCCUAUACUUGUUGGAUCAUUAAGUCCAGAAAGAGAAGCAUUAUAUGGGAGAUUGUUAGCGCCAUAUAUGGCUGAUCCACAAACAUUAUUUGUUAUUUCUUCAGAUUUUUGUCACUGGGGACAACGUUUUCGUUACACAUAUUAUGAUAGAUCAUGUGGUCCAAUUCAUAGAUCUAUUCAGAAUCUUGAUAAAAUGCUAUAUGUGGUCGUCAUCCUAUCAGUGUCCUAUUGCAGGCUAUUCACAAUUUGAAAGGGAAUACUAAUGGACAAAGAAUGAACUUGAAGUUUUUGAAAUAUGCUCAAAGCAAUCAAUGCAAUAACAUGAAUGACAGUUCUGUUAGUUAUGCUAGUGCUUCCUUAGUUCUCGAGUGAUAAGAUUUAUAUCUUCAAGGUCACUAAUUGCCAGUCAGGAAAUUUACACAGGAAAAGAAAGUACUAAAAAAACGACAGUAAUAAUCUAUUAAGCAUCAGAUGCAUUGAUCAAGAUUUUCUUAAACAUUUUUUAUACAUACAAAAAAUAACACGGAAAGAUGAGUAACGAUUUAUUAUAUAAUUCUAUUUAGUUAUUCGUGAAAAGAUACAUUAAUGUUUGCAAUAAAUAAAUAAAAAUAUAUUAUUAUAAAGUUGUUUUGUGUAAAGGUAUCUCGGUAUAUUACUUACAAGAAAUAAUCAGUACUUCCAUGUUCGACUUUAUUUGUGGAAGGAGCUUAAGUAUUUCUUUGCUUUGAUUAUUAAUAUAAUCCUGCAAAUAAUAAUAAUAAUGUAAAAUGUGCUACAGCACAUACAGGCUUCAAAAUACCUGGCAGAGUUCAAUCUACUGAUAAAGAAGAGAUAACUAAUAAAUUAACAUUUAACAAUGUUAAUACAUUUCUAUUUUUGACAUUUGCGAGAAAUCAGNNNNAUUGCGAGAAAUCAGAAAGAAAUUUAGAUGUAUAUACUAAGAAAAGAAGGAGAGUAAUAUCUUGUUUCAUAAAAUGUUAAAAUACAUUUGUAGAUUAUGGUUAAGUAUAAUGUAGGUACAAUAGUGUUUGCUGUGUAGAUUUUUUAUGAUUUGCAAAUAUAUUAUUAAAAUAAAAUUAUUUAUUGCAUUCAAUUUUUCAAAGUUUUAGUUUAAUAACGUUUUGUCUAAUAAAUUGAUAAAUAUUAAGAAUAAAAAUACAUAACUGACAUAUUUUUAAUUUUUAUAUACUCCUGCAUUUUUAUAUAUUAUGUGUCUCAGGGAUGUGCGCGUUUAAAACUAAAGAACCAGGUUUGAAACAUAUCUCUUCUGCGUCUUUAGGAUGAACAGACUGCAAUGAUCAAUAACUAAUGAAAUGCUUGUAAAAGCGAUAAGUACAAUUUAAUUAUAUUCUCUUUGAAACAAAGCAAUGAAAUGAUCUCAAAUCCUUCCUGCUCUACAAACUAUUGUUAUUUUUCGUUAGCAUAGAUGUUAACGCGUUCGUUGUCAGACGUCACAAGCAUGUGAUACAGCAACUAGUUCUCUGACCUUACGAUGAUAGCGAACGUAUUAAAGAGAACAAUACGAAUAUUAUACUGUCAUAAUGUAAUUUUGUAUAAGUGUAAAGGAGGAUCAGUACGUAAAAAAAUAUAUAAUAUAUUUUAAGACGUCGCUUUUAUGCUUUUAUUUCUUAUAAAUUAUCAAUGUUUAUGUUAUGAUAUAAAAUUUGUAUAGUAAAUCUUAUAUGUAUUCUAUUAAACCUAUUUUAUAAUAAACUAUUGUUCUUUUUAACUUU